AGGUGGGCGUGGUGGAACUAACCCUAUUUGGGCAAGCACAAAGAAAGAGUUGAUCAUCAAAGAGCACAGUGUUUCUCUUGGCUUUAGUGACAGUACAGGUAUAGCUAGUAUCUAAGUAAGCGCGAUGUCGUGGAACGCGGGCAUGGAGGAGCUCAUCCCAGUGGUGAACAAGCUUCAGGACGCUUUUGCAGCCAUUGGAAUGCAAGCCCCCAUCGACCUGCCUCAGAUAGCCGUGGUGGGGGGCCAGAGUGCUGGGAAGAGCUCUGUGCUGGAGAACUGUGUGGGAAAGGACUUCCUCCCGAGGGGGUCGGGUAUUGUCACCAGGAGACCACUCAUCCUGCAGCUCAUGCAUGCCAACGCAGAGUGGGCGGAGUUCCUCCAUCAAAAGGGCAAGAAGUACACUGAUUUUAACGAGGUACGUCGUGAGAUUGAAGCGGAGACAGACCGCAUGACAGGCAAAAACAAGGGGAUUUCCCCCGUACCCAUCAAUCUGCGAGUGUACUCUCCCCACGUGCUCAAUCUGACGUUGGUGGACCUCCCAGGGCUCACUAAAGUGCCUGUGGGCGAUCAGCCUGCAGACAUAGAGUUUCAGAUCAGGGACAUGCUCAAUCAGUUUAUCACUCGGGAUAAUUGCCUCAUCCUAGCCGUUACCCCCGCGAACUCUGACCUGGCCAACUCGGACGCCCUCAAGCUAGCUAAGGACGUUGACCCUACUGGUGUUCGUACUAUUGGUGUGCUGACCAAACUGGACUUGAUGGACGAUGGCACUGACGCUAAAGACAUACUCGAGAACAAGGUGUACGCUCUCAGGAGAGGUUACGUUGGAGUUGUGAAUCGUAGUCAGAGGGACAUAGAGGGCAAGAAAGACAUCAAAGCUGCCCAAGCUGCAGAGCGCAAGUUCUUCCUCAGUCACAGCUCGUACAGGCACAUGGCCGACCGAAUGGGCACCAACUAUCUGCAGAAGACCCUCAACCAGACGCUGACCAACCAUAUUCGAGAGACACUUCCCUCGCUGCGCUCCAAGCUCCAGUCAGAGGUGCUCAACAUGGAGAAGGAGGUGGAGGAGUACAAGAGGUUCAAACCCAACGACCCCGGCAUGAAGACAAAAGCCAUGCUCACGCUUGUGCAGAACUUUGGAGUUGAUUUCAAUCACCGCAUCAGUGGAGGAGCCACGGAGAAGAUGACUGAACUGUCGGGGGGAGCUAAGAUCAACCGAAUCUUCCAUGAAAGGUUCCCCUUCGAGCUAGUCAGGCUUGAGACUGAUGACAAGGAGUUGCGUAAGGUGAUCACCAUCUCCAUCAAGAACCAGCUUGGAGUGAGGGUGGGGCUCUUCACACCUGACAUGGCCUUCGAAGACGUUGUUAAGGAUCAGAUACGAAAGCUUGUGCAGCCAGCCAUGAAGUGUAUUGACAUGGUCUCCACGGAAUUGGGGGAGGUCGUUCAAAAAUGUGGGGAGGGGAUGGGCAAGUUCCCCCGGCUGAGAGAGGAGACAGAGCGAGUACUGACCACCGUGCUCAGGGAGCAAGAGCAGUUGUGUAAAGAACACGUGAAGUUGCUGGUGGAUAUAGAACUAGCCUACAUGAACACUAACCACCCUGACUUCAUCGGCUUUGACCGGGCGUCCAAGAGUAAGGACUCUAAGCGUGGAUCCAAGCAGGUCGGUAACCAGGUCAUCCGUAAAGGUUGGCUGAGCAUCCCUGUGUCUCUCAUCAAAGGAUCCUCACGAGACUACUGGUUUGUACUGACUGCCGAGGGACUCACCUGGUACAAGGACGAUGAGGAGAAAGACCAGAAGUACUCGCUGCGUACUGAUGAGAUGCGUGUGAAGGAUGUGGAGGCGGGACGGUUCUCUCUCGGGAAGAAGUUUGCAUUUGCCCUCUUCUACAACAAUGGGAAAAACAUCUACAAGGACAAACAAGAGGUUGAGUUGGUCGCUCACUCGGAGGAUGAGGUUGAUAGUUGGAAGGCUUCUCUCCUCAGGGCAGGAGUCUACCCAGCCGCCUCUGCAUCAACAAGGAGCAAUGAACCCGACCCUGAGCUAGGCUCCAUCGAUCCUCAGCUUGAGAGGCAGAUUGAGACAAUCCGUAAUCUCGUGGAGUCGUAUUUUGGCAUCGUCUCCAAGAGUGUUCGUGACAUAGUGCCCAAGGCUAUUAUGCACAUGAUGGUCAACUUCCUCAAAGAGUACCUUGCCACGGACCUACUGCCCAUGAUCUAUGCAGCUGGUAACCAAGAUCAGCUGAUGGAGGAGAGCACUCAAGCGGCACAGAGGAGGGAGGAGAUGAUCCGCAUGUACCAUACCUGCAAAGAUGCACUGACACUGAUAUCUGAGGUCUCAACUAGGACAAUGCACACCCCACUCCCACCCCCUGUGUUGGUGGAGGACUCUGACUCGUACAAUCCUCCGAAGCCUUCUGUACCCUCGUCAGCGGCAGGUGGUCCCCCACCCCCCUCACGCCCCUCACGUCCCGGUGUACCUAGCCGACCCUCCGGUAGUGGACCAUACUCUCACCCCUCCGUACGCCAGAGCAACUCUGGGUCCACCCUAUCUGAUCGUCCUAACAUUCCUAGGAGACCGACUGGUUCUCCUAGUCCCAGACCAGUUCCACCACGACCCAACGUGCCACAGAGGCCCAAGUGAACUGAUCUAGUGAUUAGCUAAUUAGGAUUAGUGAAGCUGCUAUAUAAGUGUAUAGAGAUUGUUGUUAUUUAUGUAUAGCUGUUUACAAGUCUCCGUUUGUGCGAAAACUGUCGUUACAUGUGUUCACUUUUUAUUGCAAAAAAGUGUUGUUGAAAAUUA